AUGCAUACACAGGUCUGGGCCAACAUGUUGCAUAACGUCUAUGCCGUUCUGGUCGCUGCCCACGGGUGGUCAGCAACCGCUCGCACCGAUCCCAACGCCACGGAAGGAAACGUCGUUUAUCUCCAUCUUUUAGUUGAUGCUCUUACAUUGCAGCCAUGUAACCCUACGUUACCUGACGCUCGUGAUGCCUGGAUCCAGGCUGAUCAGAACAGGUACGGGGGUGCGAAUAGGUGUCUGCUGUGGAAGGCAUUUGCUGGUCGUGGGCUGGGACUUGGUGCUGCGAACUAUAUUGAUUCGACGGCGGUGCCGACUGAAUGUUAUUGA